AUGGCCUACACCCUGAUGCUGGUGGCUUACCUGGGCUUCUAUCACGCCCGCGUGGCCCAGGGCAUGGAUCCCGCCACGCUGCCCUACCGCGCCCUCUGGGCCCCUUACAGCACCUACUUUGCGCUUUUGCUCGGCGUGCUGGCGCUGCUGUUUGUCGGUUACGAUUCCUUCUACCCAUUCGACGUUUGGAGCUUCAUCACCAGCUACUUCGCGCUGGCGUUCGGCAUCUUCAUGUUUCUGCUCUGGAAAGUAGUUCGCCGCACCAAGUUCGUCAGCCCCCGAGAUGCGGACUUGAUUUCCGGCAAGGCGGAGGUCGAUGAGGAGUGCAGGCAUUGGGAGGAGAGCGGCAUCGAGGAGGUCGAGAAGCAGAGGCUUGCGCGGAUGAGCUUUCCCAGGCGGUGCUGGGAGAGGCUGUGGUGA